UAGAGGGAUGGAAUCUAGUCGCUACCAUGUAAUUUCUGCUGGGCCGAUAGGGAGAGACACACACACAACACAGUAGAAGGCACAGAAGAUAGUUUAGUUUCAUUUCUUUAGCGAUUGUGCUUCAAUAAAGAACAGAACUCCUGGGGAGCAAGUCACACAAGUGAAUCUUCAGUAGGUACAACGGGAAACUGGAUAAUAUCGCUGCAAACAAAGUGAGAGAAAGAUAAAGGCUGGAAAUACACAGACGUUGUAGGAAUUACGGGCAAUAUAGAACCACAACACACAAAGCAAAUACGACACAGAGACAUAAAAAGAGGAACUGUGUUUAAUGUUAUUUUAUUUGGGGAUCUACAUGGAAAUAAAAACGAAUUAAGGAGGUGGAUAUUUGCGUGUGAUUAUUUAUUCCUGUCUCUCACUCCCCCUUUUUUUUCCAACCCUUCCCCCAAAAAACAUUGCUUCCCCAUUCUCUGCCAAGUGGAGAAGGGGGAACAUUGUCUUGGCAAUAUUAUCAUUUCUCCUCCUUUUCCUCCUUGAUUUUUUUUUAAAAAGAUCUACCCUGCUGGAUUUUAUGGAAACAGUUGUGGAAAGCAGUAAAAUAUGUAUAAAACAUAACACCGCUUGGAUUACAGUUUGACUUUAAUACUUUUUUCUCUCUCUGUGCGCUUCGUAUUGAAGUGUGAGGAAGAUCUGUCAAAAGUGCUGCAAGAGGACUUUAUGCUCUUAUGUAGAGGGGACUGAUUCCUGGUUUAUUUCCUUUACCUCGGAUUUACAUAUUCUGUUUCUCGUGGUUGACGUUUGCUUGUUGGAAAUAUAUUUGUUUUACUUUUUCUUUUACCUUUAGCCAUAUCCUGUCUCUAAUUCAGUCAGUAGAAGAGCACAGGGACACGGAAGGGUGAAGCUGCAUUUAUAUUGAUCACUUUAUUGAGAACUAUAGUUUGUUUAGUGUUAUUUUAUUUAUAUAUCUGUAUAUCACUAUAUAGGUCCGAGAUCACUUAGGGGGUGAUGCCAAUUGCCUCCAGCUCGGUACAGUCCAGCCCUCCAGAUUCCAGUCUAUUCACUCGGCUUCGUCCAGUCCAGGCAGACAGGCUCCGGGACCCUAAGCAGCAGCAGCCGCCGCCGUUGGGAGGCGGUGAGGGCGGGGGUGGUAGCGGUGCUGGAGGAGGAGGUGGGCUGUUGCCUUUCCCGUUUUGCCUCGAUCCCAGCCAGGCAGAAGCAGGGACCGAGGCUGCAGCAGCCUCUGACAGAGGAGCUGGACUGAGCAGCAGAUUGUUGGCUGUCUCUGCCUCCCCCCAGCACCCACCUCUGCUGCAGGUCGCCCCCUCUUUCUCAUCCCCUCCAUCGUUUUUCCAGUCUUUCGCUUCUGCCUCUGCUCCCCCAUCCUCUCCUCCACCCCCCUUCGCUUCUGCCUUCCUGUUCCCUGCCUUCCUGGAGCCCCCCAGGACUAGAUCCAGAUCUAGGUCUGGAUUCAUAAUGAACCAACAACAGCAGCUGCAUGCGAUGCCGGGGACAGCUCACUUCCAGCACCAGCAACAUCAUUACCACCACCAGCUCCAGACACCACCACCUCCUCUGUUAUCUGCAUCUUUACGCGGGCCAAGCAUGGACAGGAAUGAUGAUAGCCCCCCAGAAGGAGCAAGACAACCAAACAGCCCCACAGGGGUGGGUACCAGAAGGAGAGGGAGUAGUCCAACCAACAACCAUCACCACCACCACAUAAGAUCUCAAGCAGGCAAUUUGGGUCCUACUUUUCAAUGUCAGCCAGUCCAUCAAGAUCACAUAUGCAACGAUGACAACGAAAAGAACGAAGAUAGCCCUAGCCCUAAAAGACAACGGCUAUCUAAUUCAGUCUUCGAAUUCUCUGUAACAUCACCGACCCCGUCACCACCAAUGCGACCAUGGGAGAUUUCAUCUAAUAGGCGGCCUCCAUCGGCUCGGCCCAUCCAACACCAAUUCUCAGGGGAACGAUGCAACACUCCAGCUCGCAACAGAAGAAGUCCUCCUGUAAGACGUCAAAGAGGAAGAAGGGAACGUCUGUCCCGUCAUAGUUCCAUUAACCAGGAUGAAAACUAUCACCAUCUUUCCUAUGGCCAACCGCAAACUGUAGAGGAACCAAGAGCCUUCCACCCUCCAACUGUAUCCCCCCGUAUGCUGCACCCAGCGGCACAUCCUCCUCAGCAAAACACAGUCAUGAUUGAUAUUCAUGAACAGAUUCACCAGGGCACCGUGCCAGUCUCAUACACAGUCACAACCGUAGCACCACAUGGGAUCCCCCUUUGUACUGGACAGCACAUCCCCGCUUGUAGCACGCAACAAGUUCCUGGUUGUUCUGUGGUUUUCAGUGGACAGCAUUUACCGGUCUGUAGUGUGCCUCCCCCAAUGCUUCAAGCUUGCUCGGUUCAGCAUUUGCCGGUCCCAUAUGCUUUCCCACCACUUAUUUCCAGUGACCCAUUUCUAUUACAUCCUCCUCAUCUCUCUCCACAUCACCAUGCUCACCUGCCCCCUCCUGGCCAGUUUGUACCUUUUCAGACUCAACAGUCCCGCUCGCCUCUGCAAAGGAUAGAAAAUGAAGUAGAAUUACUGGGAGAACAUCUACCUGUCGGAGGGUUUACAUACCCUCCAUCUGCACAUGCGCCAACCCUUCAACCUUCUGCCCCCCUACAGUUCAUAACCCAUGAUCCCUUGCACCAAGAGGUUUCCUUUGGUGUUCCCUAUCCUCCAUUUAUGCCUCGAAGAAUAACAAGCCGAAGUCGAUAUAGAUCACAGCAGCCCAUACCACCACCACCUUAUCACCCAAGCCUGUUACCCUAUGUUUUAUCAAUGCUUCCAGUGCCUCCUGCUGUAGGACCAACCUUUAGCUUUGAGUUGGAUGUUGAAGAUGGAGAGGUGGAAAACUAUGAGGCAUUGUUGAAUCUUGCGGAAAGGUUGGGUGAAGCCAAACCUCGAGGACUAACAAAAGCAGACAUUGAACAGCUUCCAUCAUAUAGGUUCAACCCAAAUAACCACCAGUCAGAGCAAACUUUAUGUGUUGUAUGCAUGUGUGAUUUUGAGUCAAGACAACUACUUAGAGUCUUACCGUGCAACCAUGAAUUUCAUGCCAAGUGUGUGGACAAAUGGCUUAAGGCAAAUCGUACAUGCCCAAUUUGUCGAGCAGAUGCUUCAGAAGUACAUCGGGAUUCAGAGUGACCAGUCUCAGAGCACAAAUCUAGCUUUGGGUUUUCCUAGUCACGCGUGUGUGUAUUUUUAUAUGCACAAACACCAACUAUCCAUUGAACUUGUGGCUUCCAGCCUACUCUUUACACAAAAGGGUCAAUGGACCUCUCUUUGCACUGUGUGAUUUAAUCAUUUAUAAAGCUUCUAAUUAGUCUUCACAAUUAUGAGAUUGUUAUACUAACAGUGUGAUUGGGACUCCAAAGAUUAUUAUAUUUUAUAGUCCUUAGCUUAAUUUUGUGUGUGCACUAACAUUCCCUGGUUUUCGUGUGAUCAUUCCGAGUGUAUUGCUGCAAGAUUACCGUGGACGUGAUCUUUUAGCAUGUUAUUUUAUAUUUAAUGGAAAAAAGAAACAAAACAAUGGUAGCUCCAAACAAUUUAGCAACCUACCUUUUUUUUUAUUGUAGAGCCUUCAAAUACUGUGAGUGGAUGGGAUGUAUGCGCGUGUCGGUGGCUUUGUGCGUUUGUGUUGGACACGUGUGGAUGUUUGGGAAUUGAUAUAGCAGCAUGAAAUGAGAAUGUAUGUAGUAUUAUGCUGCAAUGUAUCUUGUUAUUUAAACAGUACUAGUACUGUACACUGGUUUCUUUUCUUGUUUGCAGUUGCACAGUGAAUGUGAAGGGUGUAGCAAUUUAUAGGCUUUUUUUUAUUAUUAUUAUUAUGAAUACCCUGUUCCUAACAUUAAUACUGGUACUUUAAAAAUGCUGAUUUAAUGACUUUAUAUCACAUACUUUUCUGCACACUAGUGCCACUAUGGGAAAAAGAAAAAAGUGCAUUUUUCUUUAUCGGUUAACUUUAUAACUCUUUUAAUGUCCUCAUUGGGCAUCUAUUAGCACAAUCAAUGAAUGUAGUUUACAGUGUUUUUUUGUUUGUUUUUUCCCGUUAUAUCAAUUUAUAGAUCUAGAUAUAUUCAAAAUUGUGUUACUCGUGAAUUAUUGCUGAAAAGAAUCCUGCGUAUAGCCUUGGUUUGUGGCAUUUGGUUUGUUACAAAUAUCUGUGCAUAUACAGAUAUUUGUGUGUUGCUCUUUAACUCUAACCCAGUGCAGGACCAAGCCAAAUGCUGUAAACCAUGGUAUAUUCAUAAUUUGUUUGAGCACAUGUCUAUAUAGAUCCUUGUCCAAUUUAAUCAUUCAGAAAAUGGGUCCUUCCAUUAUUCCUACAAUUAUUUUAUUCUGUGCACACAGAUACAUAAAUGUUUAUGAAUGUGUGUUUUGAGUGAUUUUCUAAUUCUGAAUUACUUAUUUUAUUACAACAUUUUCCAAACUGGUUACAGUUGGGCAGUAAGACACCAUCAAAUUAAUUGAAUUGAUAAUACUGUACGAUUUUUAUAAUUUGAAAGGAUGUCUUUUUGUAUGUUUGUGCGGGCAAAGGCUUGAGAUGGCUUCUUUGCCUAUAGUGAUGUCAUAGUUUAACUUUAAUAUGUAAGACAUCAAUUGAAUUUUCUUCGUAAAAUGCUAUUUGCAUUAAUUGAUAUAUAUAUAUAUAUAUCUAUAUCUAUAUCUAUAUAUAUAUAUAUAUAUAUAUAUAUCUAUAUCAAUCUUGUUUACAAACAUUUGUUACAACUUGCCUGUUUAGGCUUUUAGGUAGCAAAAGGAGCUUCAGAUGAACAGUCAAGUUGUUACUGAUUUGAUUGCAAACAAGAUUGAUCUAAAAGCUAACUUUGCUGUGGGAAGAAGCAGGAGAAACACUACAGUUUUCAGUACAAAUACAUUAUACAUUCAUACUAGGGUAAAAUAAAUGGCAUGCCAUAGCCCGUAGAUCAGUAACCUUAAAAGGACAUGAAACACAAAAAUGUAUUUCAUGAUUCAGAUAGAUUAUACGUUUUGAAAUAUCUUUCCAAUUUGCUUCUGUUGUUUUUGCUUCAUUCUCUCUGUAUCCUUUAUUGAAGAAGCAGCAUUGCACUCCUUGGCAAUAGCUGAACUCAUUUGUAAGCCAAUGAAAAUGGGCAUACAAGUUCAGCCACCAAUCAGCAUCUAGCCCCAAGCUCCUAAACCUAUCUAGAUGUGCUUUUCAACAAAUGAUAUCAAGAGAAUGAAGCAAAUUAGAUAUCAGAAGUAAAUUGGAACGUUGUUUAAAUGUAUAUGCUCUAUCUGAAUCAUUAAAGAGAACUUUUGGGGUUCAUGUCUUUCAUUAAGAAACAUAUGUAGUCAGUUUUACAGUAUUCUUUUUGGUCUAAGAUUCAUGGUGCUUAUGUUGGGCAGCGUGUUGAUGUACAGGUAGUGACAGUUGUGUCCCUUCUUAUUUUAAAACUAUGUAAUUCAGGAAAUGAGACCAGAGCACAAAUAUAGCGGAACAGCUUUAUAUUGCACGGUUUACAAGGGUCAAGCAGAACGUUAAAGUCAGUGCAUUUCAAAUUUGAUUACAAGCAUUUUUGCAUAAAUGUGUAUUAAGACAUCCAUUCAAUGAUAACUCUUAUUAUCAAAACAACCUGCCAGUAUAUCGGUAGAUUGUGUGCCAGGAGUAUUCUCCACUUGAGUUGGCAGUACCUGAUCAUGUGAUAUCCUUUGACUUCAGGUCACCAAAAUUGUGAUUUUUCACUAAAAUUAAUGCUUUUAAAAUAACCCACCCCUUCUUAAUCUUUGUAAUCCUAUUUAAAAUAGGUGACAUUUUGUUAUAUUUAAAUGUGUUUUGGUUUAAUAGCCAUUUAUAAACCAUCAGAAUUUUCACGUCAGUCUCUCCCCCACCCCCAGUGAUAACCAUAAACACAUUAAGGUUCAUAUUCCUAUUUAAAUCUAUAAUAUUUGGUGGUCUUUUUUUAAUUAUUAAAAUAAAUGGGCUCAUGAUUAAUCUAUAUUCUAUCCACCUAGCCAAGUAGAAAAUCUUUGUGUUAGACCUAUAUAAAUAUAUAGACACUGGAGCAUUAUUUUACUAUUAUGAUGAUCUUUAACUGAGGUUAACAGCCUGGCUUUGUGCACUGUGCAGCAUAAGCAAAGUCAAUUUAGAUUGUUGGGAUUUUAAUAAUCACUCUCCACUGUGAAUUUUAUAUCUAAAAAAAGCAACCUUUUCUGUCCUGGAAGAUAUUACUGGAAGAGCUUUAGUAUUUAAAAAAAAAAAAAUAGUAUCUUAAUCAUGGUCUUUGUUUGCCCUUUCAGUGGCUAUUUAAUUACAGUGAUUUGCAAUUAAAUACUUAAAGCAGGAUAAAUCGGGUAAUUUUUUGUAAUGUGCAAUACAAAUGUCUUCCAGUUUAAAACAAAGUAAAAAUUUUUUUUCCCUAUUUGAGUAGCUGUGUCUGUACAAAAGUAGCCUUGACUAAAAUCUGAGAUCUACUAGAUAAAAAAAAUACUAGCUGAAUAGAUUUAUUGGAUCCCAAGGAGUAACAAACCAGAAAAGUGUCUUAAGUUACAUAUGUCCGUUAACAUCUUUCAUUUCUUAUCAUUUGUUAUGGAUUUAAGCUAUGUUUACUUAAAAUGUAACACAAAAUGCACUUUUUUUUCUUUUCCUUUUUGUAUUUCUACUCACUGAUCUAGUUGUGUAGGUUUUUGGUUGCAAUAGCACAAGCAGCACAAAGCAGUACCCCUCUAUUUUGCUGCCACCUGUCCUAGAUGGUGUUUUAGCGCUGUGUUGAAUAUUUGCUGCUCUCUGUUUUUCAAACAGUGUUAUUCUGUUUCUCCAUGCUGCUUGCCCUUCCUGUGCAACAUUUUCUAAUUUUUUGGUUCAAUGGACUAAAAACAAAAGCACAAUUUGCCUUUACUAUUCAGAAACUAUUGCCUCCAUUCACUCAUAUUUGCUGAAUGGUUUAUGUAUUUUUUCCCCGCUUUUUAUUGUUUUAAUACAUUGCCCUGCCAAAAACAGAUGUUUUGAAACAAGAGUGGACUAAUUGGUAUGUCAUGUUCAGCAUAAUUUGAAAUCACUUUGCUUAAUCUAAUCAGCCACUGGUUAAUGUCAUUAUUUAAAUGAAUGCGAUCAUGUAAUUGCAAAAGAAGUUCCAUAUCACACUCCUCUUAUGUUAGAGAUAUAUCUACAAAAUUACCUGUGUGUGUAUGUAUAUAUAUAUAUAUAUAUAUAUAUAUGUGUGUGUAUAUAUAUAUAUAUAUAUAUAUAUAUAUAUGUGUGUGUGUGUGUAUAUGUAUGUAUAUAUAUAUAUAUAUAUAUAUAUGUAUAUAUAUGUAUAUAUAUGUGUGUAUAUAUAUAUAUAUAUAUAUAUAUAUAUAUAUUCACUACUACUUCACUCAAUAUUCACUUUAUUGAAGCAUGCAAGCAUCACCCUUUUUAUCAGAUUGAGCUAAAUGCAAAUGUAAUAUCUAGGGCACACUUAAGGUAAUAUGUUCCCUUUUUUUGGCACAAUACAAUUUUCCCAAUUAUUAAAUGAUGAAUACAUUAAAAAAAAAUUUAUAUAUAUUCUUGUUGCACUCUGGAGGCUGGUACUUCUGGAUUGUUUUUGCACAAGAUUUGCUGAUGUGCUAAGUUGCUUCCUGUGUUUAGUGUACAAAAAGAAAAAAAUGAUAUAUGUAUAUGAAAAGCACACAUGCAUGUGCUCUGAGCCAGCUGAAAUUAAUAGACUUUCCCCAAUCUGAAGGCCAAGAAGUAAAAAAGGAACAGGAGGACUUUUCUCAGCAUUUACUGCCAUAAUAAGUAUUGAUGCCUCUUGCCCUAGUCUGAAGUAGUGCCUACCCUGAUUUAAGAAUCUUUACAGAUACUAAUUGUCCUCCUUGUCCUCUAAAAGAGUUGUUUAAUCUUGGCUUAUUUAAAACUUGCAAUGUUGUGUUUUUUGUUUUAUCCAGGGCUUGUGUGUGUAUUUUUUUCAAACAGUGGUUAUUUAGGCCUACUUUGCUGCCGCCCUCCCCAUUUUGCCUCGGUUAUACAAUAUUUCCCUUCAGAAAUGUUCACAGUUUUCUUUAGGCCUUACUGGAAGGAGCUUCUUGUGUGUUUUGUCUAUUUCCCCUUCCCCUUGGUACAUUUACAGUUACCUCAUUUUGCUAUUUAUGUGUUUUUAAGAUUUGCCAAUGAAAGUGAAUGAAUUUUAUUGGAGUCAUAUUUGUUUUUCUUGAGUUUUCUUGAAUUCAUACUCUAUGGUAUCAUUUAACAUGACAUGUAGUUUUAAAUGUAUAUUAUAUAAAUAUAUAUAAAUAUAUAUAUCUGUAACCAAAUCAUUUGAAGGCUUGAUAAAUUUUUAACAAAAUUUGUAAAUUUUUUUAUGAGAGUUACUAGUAAUGCUUUAUUAAGUAGUGCAAUGAUUCCCUCCCCCUUUUAAUUUUUAUCCCCCCCCCCCCAAAACAAUUAUUCCUUUGCCCAAUUUUGGAGUUGAGGGUUGUUCAGUAAUAAAUGUAUGAUGUACACUUGUA